AUGACCACGGUGAACGGGCAAAUUUCUCUACUGAAUAAGGAGACUGAUGAUACACCUUCUAAACGUGCCAAUUUGACACGAUUCCUGUUGAGUCCUUUCCGCAAGUUGCGCCGCUCUCGCAAACCUGGUGCACACACUCCCUCACGGUUUUCAGGUAAACGUCCGGAUCCCGAUUUCGAUUCCGAUGGUCGUGCAGGCGGUGGCAUGUGCGAGGAGGACGACAGUUGUCAUCGAUCGGAACCCCUCAAAGUAGAUACGGAACAACCGGGCAUUAGAUCAGGUGGCUCAAAACACAAACGAUGGGUCUCAUCGACCUCGGCUGCACUGCUGGAUGCCCGCAGAACCCUUCCUCCCGAUACCGCAUAUGACAGCGCACAAAUCCCUCAAACGCCAGCUCAUCAAGAGUCUGAGGAAUGA